AUGGCAUCAUCUUUCUUUUCUGAUUUUGGGCUUAUAUGGUAUCUAGAGGAGCUCAAGAAGGACGAGUUCAGAAAAUUUAAGGAGCACCUCAAGCAAGAGACUUUGCAACUUGGACUCCGGCAAAUUCCCUGGACCGAAGUGAAAAAGGCCUCCCGGGAAGAUCUAGCAAACCUGUUGCUCAAGUGUUAUGAGGAAAAAGAAGCAUGGAGUAUAACCUUAAGGAUCUUUCACAAGAUCAGUAGACAGGAUCUCUGCGAUAAGGUCCUGAGGGAGCGUACAGGACACACAAAGAUGUAUCAAGAUCACAUUAAGAAGAAAUUCGGCAAUCUAUGGUCCAGCAGAUCUGUCGCUGGUUUUUAUGGAUACUUUCGCUCAGAAGUCAGACAGGAAGAACGUGAACAUUUGGAACUCAUUUUUGCUCCCAGGGAAACAGGGAAACAGCCGUACACAUUGGUCUUUCAAGGGAUACAAGGAACUGGAAAAACAACAUUUCUGUUAAAGGCAAUGAUGACCUGGUCAGAGAGCAGCGUCUAUCAGGAUAGAUUCCUGUAUGUGUUCUACUUCUGCUGCCGAGAACUGAAGCAGUUGAUGGAGACAAGCUUGGCUGAAUUGAUUUCCAGGGACUGGCCCAACCAUUCUGCUCCUAUCACAGAGAUCAUGUCCCAGCCAGAGAGACUCUUGUUCAUCAUCGACAGCUUCGAACAGCUGAAAUGUGACUUGAAUGAACCCGAGUCAGACCUGUGCGGUGACUGGAUGAAAACACAGCCAGUGCGGGUGCUCGUGAGCAGUCUGCUGAGGAAGAAGAUGCUCCCAGCGUCCUCACUUCUCAUCGCAGUGACACCUCAGUGCCCAGUGGAACUUCAGGAGCGGUUGGUGUGUGCAGAACUCCUAACAUUCCCAGGCUUCAGUGAGAGUGACAGGAAGCUCUAUUUCUGCUGUUUAUUUCAAGACAGGAAUAGAGCCAUGGAAGCUUUCAGUUUUGUAAGGGAAAACGACCAGCUAUUUAUCAUGUGCCAGAUCCCCCUCCUCUGCUGGCUUGUGUGCACCUGUGUGAAGCAAGAGAUGGAGAAAGGCAAAGAUCUGGCUCUGACUUGCCGACGUACCACCUCUCUGUUUGCCUCGUUCGUGUUUAACCUGUUCACACCCAACGGUGCUAAUUGUCCAAGUCAGCAAAGCCAGUUCCAGCUGAAGGGGCUGUGCUCCCUGGCUGCAGAGGGCAUGUGGACCGACAUGUUUGAGUUUAGUGAGCAGGAUCUCAGGAGAAAUGGGAUAGUUGACUCGGACAUCCCUGUAUUGCUGGACACAAAGAUUCUUGUGAAGUGCACGGAGCACUCAUACAUGUUCAUUCACAUGAGCAUCCAGGAGUUCUGUGCUGCCAUGUUCUACUUGCUAAAGAGUGAUGGUGUCCAUCCUAACCCAGCCGUCAGAUGCAGAGAGACACUGCUCCUUACCUAUUUAAACACAGCAAGGAAAGCACAUUGGAUUUCUUUGGGGAGUUUUAUAUUUGGUUUGUUAAACAAAAAGGAACAACAAAAGCUAGAUGCAUUUUUUGGCUUCCAACUGUCCCAGGAGAUAAAGCAGCAAUUUUACCAGUGCCUGAAGAGCUUAGGCGAACAUGAAGAUCUUCAGGGGCAGACAGAUUUCUUGGCGUUGUUUUACUGUCUGUUUGAGAUGCAGGACGAAGGCUUUGCAAGGCAGGUCAUGAACUUCCUCCAAGAAGUUAACUUUUGUAUCGUUGAAAACACGGACUUGAAGGUUUGCGCCUACUGCUUGAAAUACUGUUCUGGCUUGAGGAAAGUUCGGUUUUCAGUCCAAAACAUCUUUAAGGAAGAGAGUGGACGAUGCUCUAUGUCAGGUCGCAGCCUCAUCCAUUGGCAUCAUGUUUGCUCUGUGCUCACGACCAAUGAGCACCUCGAAGAAUUCCAGCUGGUGGACAGUAACCUCAAUGAGUCAGCUCUGGUGGCUCUGUGUAAUCAACUGAGACAUCCCAGCUGCCGCCUUCAAACGCUAGAGCUUAAUACUGUUUCCUUUUCUGGUAAGAGUCUGAUUGUCUUUGAGAUGCUUUUUGACAGCCCAGAUUUGAAACACCUGAACCUCAUCAGCAUAAAACUCUCCCGUGAGGACGUGAAGCUGCUCUGUAGAGCCUUGACCUAUUCAAUGUGCAACAUAGAAAAGCUAGUGCUGGGAAGUUGUAGCCUUUCGCUGGAGGACUGUGAAAUCUUCGCCUCAGUUCUGAACAGAAGCAAGAAGCUGAAGCAUCUGAACCUCACCUGCAACUACUUGGACCAGGGGAUGCGCCACUUGUGUGAAGCCUUGUGCCACCCAGACUGCAUCCUGGAGUACCUGGUGUUGGCUUACUGCUACCUCAGUGAGCAUUGCUGGGAAUACCUCUCUGAAGUUCUCCUGUGUAACAAAAGCCUGCACCAUCUAGACCUCAGUUUGAACACCCUGAAGGAUGAAGGAUUGACAAUUCUCUGUGAAGCCCUGAAACACCCAGACUGCUGCCUGAAGUCGCUGUGUUUGGUAAAAUGUUUUUUCACUGCUGCCGGCUGUCAAGACCUCGCCUCUGUUCUUACCAGCAAUCAAAACCUGAAAAAUCUGCAGAUUGGGUACAACGAUAUAGGAGAUGUGGGCGUGAAGGUGUUGUGUGAAGCUCUGACACAUCCCAAUUGCCGCUUGGAGAAACUUGGGUUGGAAGCAUGUGAGUUAACCAGUGCCUGCUGCAAGGAUCUCUCUUCUGUUCUCACCAGCAGUAAGACCCUGCGGAAGCUAAACCUGGUCUUGAACACCCUGGACCACAGUGGGAUGGUUGUGCUCUGUGAGGCCCUGAAACAUCCAGAUUGUGCCCUGCAGAUUCUUGUGCUGAAUAAAGCUGAAUUUGAUGAGGAAACCCAGAUGUUACUGAUGGCUGAGGAAGAGAGAAAUCCUCACUUGACAAUCAUAUACUUCACUGUCUCUCCAUCACAGGACCUGUGUGAUCACCCAUCUGUGUCAGUCUUCAACGUCUGUGUCCUGAAUUCAGUUGUGAACUCCCUGAGAGUGUGGCCGUGCCUCUUGCAGUGUGUGAAUCGUGCCAUGUUGAAUGAAGAUUUAACCCGUGUUUUGAUUGAGAACCAGCAUCUGAAAUCCUUGGAAAUAUGAUGCACAAAAUUGGAGCGUGAAGCCGUGGAGUUUCUAGGUCUAGCACUGAAAUGCCCCCAGUGCCGGCUGCAGUGUCUGAGGAUGGAGAGUUGUGGCCUCACAGAGCUUACCUGCAAAAGCCUUGUCUCCUAUCUCAGGCACAGUGAGAGGCUGACCCACCUGAACUUGGCAGAAAACGCCUUGAAAGAUGACGGGGCCAGGCGUAUUUGGAAUGCCUUAGAACACUUGACGUGUCCUCUGCAGAGGUUGGUCCUGAGAAAGUGUGAUUUGACCUCUAAUUGCUGUCAGGAUAUGGCCUCUGUGCUCCCUAAAAGUCAAACCCUGAAAAGUCUAGACCUGAGUUUGAACAGCCUACGCGACGACGGGAUCCUCCUGCUCUGCGGGGCCCUGCGGCAUCGCGACUGUAAAUUACGGAUCCUGGAGCUGGAAGGAUGCCUGUUCACCUCCAUCUGCUGCGAGACUAUGGCCUCCAUGCUCUGCAGCAACCAAACUCUGAAAUACCUGGACUUGAGCAAGAAUAACAUCGGAGUCCACGACAUACUGACCUUGUGUGGGGCCUUCUCAAGCCAAAAGCAGAGAGAAGAGGUCAUUUUGGAGAGGAAAGAGAGCGGUGGAGUGGAUAUGCUGCCCAGACUGGAGGGCCCGGCCGUGGAAGGGGACUUUCUGAAGAUCGUGCAGUACUGGAACUCCUAG